GCUGUUUUACGUGCUUAUAAGCAAGUAGGAUCCGUGCGGGGAAAAGCCUGGCUCUUAAGCCUCUUUUCUUAAAUCUCCCUUCAGACCACACUGCAGACAGAUGAGGUGAAAAACGUUCCUUGUGGCACCAGUGGAGGAGUGAUGAUUUAUUUUGACAGAAUUGAGGUGGUGAAUUUCCUCAUCCAGAGUGCAGUGUACGACAUAGUGAAGAACUACACUGCUGACUAUGACAAAGCUCUCAUCUUCAACAAGAUUCACCAUGAGCUGAACCAGUUCUGCAGUGUCCACACGCUGCAGGAGGUCUACAUUGAGCUGUUCGAUCAGAUUGAUGAAAACCUUAAACUGGCCCUGCAGCAAGACCUAACGACAAUGGCCCCUGGAUUAAUUAUACAGGCAGUUCGAGUUACAAAGCCAAACAUCCCUGAAACAAUCCGGAGGAAUUACGAGCUCAUGGAGAGUGAGAAGACAAAGCUGCUGAUCGCAGCGCAGAAGCAGAAGGUGGUGGAGAAGGAAGCGGAGACAGAAAGGAAGAAAGCCCUCAUUGAGGCAGAAAAAAUUGCACAAGUUGCUGAAAUAACUUACGGACAGAAAGUGAUGGAAAAGGAAACGGAGAAGCGAAUUUCAGAGAUUGAAGAUGCCGCAUUCCUUGCGAGAGAGAAGGCAAGAGCUGAUGCUGAAUGCUACACUGCUAUGAAAGUAGCCGAGGCUAACAAGCUGAAGUUAACUCCUGAGUACUUGCAGCUGAUGAAAUACAAGGCUAUCGCAGCAAACAGCAAGAUAUAUUUUGGCAAAGAUAUUCCCAACAUGUUCAUGGACUAUGCGGGAAGCCAGAGCAAAUUUGCAGAGGGACUGGCAGAGGGAAUCCAAGAAGAGGAUGGGGCAGGAACCAAUGAGGACACAAAACUACUUCAUAAAGUCAACUGAAAAGAAAGAUUUCUAUUCAUUUUAUAUCAAAAGAAACAUGAACUGGGAAGCUCCUUUUCAUUUUCCCCCUUUCCUGUACCGAAAGAGAUGAAUCAGACUUAAUCCUUUCAAUCUUUUGUAUGACAAUUAGACACAAAGACUUUGGUAUUUAUGGGGUGUUUUUUCUGGUAACUUCUAAGCAGCCAGCUCCAGGUAUGUCCUCCAGACGCACCUCUCUGCUCUUGGACAUGGAGACCAAAUUAUUCUGGAGAGGCUAGCUAGACUACCUGUUCUGCAGCCAGCUUAGAUGGGUACUUAAUUUUGGAUUGAGGUGGUUUGUAGCAGUUGGAAUUAAAGAAAUUUUGAGGGUUUGGAGGGAGGGGAUUUGCUGCUACAACUUGUUUUGGGUUUUUUUUCUUGUUGGGAAUUUCAAAUACUUUAUUUCAAACCCCUUUUAAAAAAAAGGUGCUAGACUUUUGUACACUACGCGUGUCUGCUUGAAGGCAACAGCCCAUGUCUAUGCUCCAGGUCUGUCCUGAGCGCAGGGUGUAGCAAAUGCACAAACCCACCUUUUUCUGAGGUCUGAGCCGAUGGUUUUUUCCCUUGGUAGGGCAGCUGAGACCACGUGCACAGUGAGUUACGCAAGUUCAGCUGCAGUCCUGCAGGUGGGGGGGGAUCUAAGCCUUAGGCUGUGUUGUGCAGGUAGUGGCCCAAACUGUUCAUUUUUGGUAGCUUAACACUGGUUUGGUUUCCAUUUGUCGUAUUUGGGGAGGGCAAAGGGGGGAGUUUGUGUUUUGAGGCUUUUGCCAGCGGUUUAGCCGCUCGGUGGGGAGUGUAGGCAUGCUGGUGGAGGCAGUGUCCUGCCACUGGGUAAUUGGACUUGAUUUUCAGUGAAACCAGACUGCAGGCAUGGUACUUGUCACAGUCAUCGUCAUUAGGAGAAACUAGGGAGAAAAGAAUUUUUGUCUCAGGGACCCUGACUUUGCAAAAAGCCUCAGUGGCGAGUAACUGCUCGAAUGACAAGUCCCAUGGUCGUUACAGUAGUUACCUGCCUCUGCAAGGCCAACUGGAUUCCAGUGUUUACAGUGUUGUUGUAGAAAGGGAACAUUCAGGUAAACUGAAAUGCAUGGAACAGAGUUACUUGAUGGUUUUGUUUUGGUUUUUUGUUUUUUUUUUUUUUUUCUGAAUUAGACCCUGUGAAAGGAAGAUUUACCAGGAGCAAAGGGCACAAAACAUCGUACUGAAAAGUCACAGGACAAAGAACAGAACCUCUUGUCUCUGAACUGCCCAAAGAUAAAUUUUUCACUCAGAACAAUGCUAUAUAACGUACCUUUCACUUCAGAAAACUGAUUAAUCCUUCGCAUACCAGAUGCAAAGAGGUAAUAGGGUUUUGUUUUACACACAUGCAAAACUUGAGGGGGUGUUAAAGACAAAAGUUCAGGCCUAGAGAGAACAUUUUUUUUUUUUUUUUCCCUCUCCCUAAUCCAUCUGCCACUUGGCAGGAGAGACGGUUUAUUAAUUGCUGUUACAAUUUGCGGCCAAUGUACUGAUAGAUGAUGCAAGUGAAAGUGCUAACAUAGUUGUCAGAGACCAGCCUAUUGCAUUUACCAUCUUGUGCCCCAAACGCUUGCUACGUACUACCCUUGGUUUCACCCUUCAGUGUUUUAAAUAUGCAUUAGUCUCUUUAAUAAGGCAAUCACACUAAGAUAGAAAUUGGAUUAAUUUCAGCUGCUGGUUCCAGUAUUUUUACUUUAGUUUUCUUUUCCCUGUUAGGAGAGUGACUAUUGAUCCUUGAAAACGCAAAAUAAAAGAUAAGCGUCAGUUUCUGCUGGAGAAAAGUCCCAUCUCCUGUCUGUCGUCUUUGUAUUUGUUGGAAAAUACGAGCUGAGGGAAGUUCCAUCUCCAGACCUAUGUACUACACUAGACAACCAGGCAGUCAAAAAAAAUUGCAUCAAUAGGUAGGCUGUAAUGUUACCGACUUCUAUACAAAACAGGUCUCUGCAGGAAGGGUGUGAGCAGGGAAGAGCAGAAAUUUAGGAAUAAGGGAAUAGUACCUAAACCUUUGAGGGUGAUCUCAGUUGGGAUUGUUCUGCGUUUGUGUUGGAGAUUUCCACCCCUAACUAAAACCUACUUUCUACGCGAGUGUUUUUCACUAAUGAAAAAGACCCAAAGAACCCAAAGUGGUAUUACGAAGUGUGCUUGUGUAUGACUUCACAGGAAGACAAUAGUUUGGAAUAAAUAGGUUUUAAUGAUUUUUUUUUUUUUUUAAUUGAAAACAUUACUGCUGAAGUAUUCUUGUAAUGCAGUUAAAUUGUAAUCAGAGUAAAAAUAAAAAAGCAAAGACAAAGUUGAAAUCAUAUGAGUAUUCACAUGCCAAAAUCCGUUGUUGUGUUUUCAUUCAGCUUUCUUCAUUAUAUGUAAUAAUGUCCUUAAUUUUCCAGAGCAGAUCUGUCACUCCAUGUAAAUCUUUACUCCAUCUAUCUCUUUAACUGACCUUUUGUCCUAAUUUCCAUAAUCUGAAAUCUUGAAAGGAAGAUCUAAAUUUUAAAUCCACGCUAUAUAACAAAGAGCAUACAGGUUUGUGGUACUGCUGGUACCUGAGAAUUGCUGGCGGCAGCAUGGUAACAUGCUUUACCAGUGCGGUCUUUGAUCUUCUCAUGUAUUGAAUUAAAAGCCUUUUUAUUUUGGUAUUUGCUAUGACAAUAAAAUGGCCUUCAAUUUUAACAUCA